AUGUCAGCACCACGUCAACAACCUCUGCGCGAGGCUGGUUCAGGAGGAGCGCCGAUUCAGAAAAAGCCUUAUCCCUUCUGGCUGGGAGGAGCCAGCGCGUGCUGUGCAGCCACGAUAACGUAAGUAUCGACGUUGACGUCGAGCGCGACAUUUUGGUCCUUGCUGCAACGCUGACCAUGCUCCUCCCCCUCCUUGUCCAGACAUCCGCUAGAUCUGACGAAGUAUAGACUCCGUGCGUAGUCAGUCUUGUCUGCGCUGCAAAGUCCUCCGCUCCUUCAAGCCAUCUGACCCGCACCCUGUGACGACGACGCUUGGUAUUGUCUACAAUAGAGACCGCAACUGUCAAAAGAGGCAUGUUCGCUACCAUCAUCUCCACUGCCAAAUCAGAAGGCAUCACCAGCCUCUGGCAUGGUCUCACCGCCACCUGGCUACGACAGUUCAGCUACUCGUAAGUAGCUCACUCUCCGCAUAGCCUCCUAUCAUUCUCGCUCACAAGACUGCGUGCGCUUCGCUUUGCACACCGCACCUCUAUUCCCAAGUUUGACCCGAUUUGCUGUGUACGAAAAGACUAAGGCUUCCUUCUUAAGCGAAGGAAAGACAAAGCCGACCAGCUUGGAGCUGGCCUUUGCCGCAGGUCUUGGAGGUGGUGUAGCCUCGGUGGGUCAAUUUCUCGUUGCGUCUGACAGGAAGCUGCAUGAUUGUAUGCUGAGACCUAGUGCGAGUGGACACAGAUUGUGGGCAACCCUGCAGAGAUCGUUCUCGUGCGCACUUGCUCCGAUCUGAACAGAGCUCCAGCUGAGCGCUUUGCGUAUGGAAAUGCUGUCAAUGGACUUGUGCGUGUAGUCCGGGAUGAUGGAGUCAAGAUUUUGGUGCGCGGCAUGGAGGCCAAUGUGGUGAAGGGCGCGACUCUGAAUGUCGGUCAGCUGGCCGGGUGAGUGGAGGCCGAUGUGCCAGGCGUCAAAGCAAUGGAAUCAAAAGUUGAGCUCACACACAGCUCGCAUUCAGGUACGACUUUUUCAAGAAUCUCCUCGAAAACACCAAGGCAGUGCCCGACGGCAUGGUGGUGACAGCAGCGACCUUUUGCGCAGGAACAGCCGCAACGACUCUGGCGCAACCGGUAGAUUUCAUCAAGUCGCGCGUGCAGAACAAUAAAGAUCCAUCAGCCACGCUGGUCAGCAUCAUUCGGGGCGCCGUCAAGAAGGAUGGACCGACUGUUUUCUUUAGGGGCUGGACACCCGCUUGGCUCAGAUUGCAACCGCAAACCACUUUGCUCUUUUACUUCUUUGAGGCCUUCAAGGGCAUCAUAGACAAGCAGCGUCAGAACGCGGACAAGCUAGGCAGCUCGCAAGGUGUCGUCAAGCAGUAG